UACAGCCUGGGCACUUGCACGCUGCUGCGAUUGUUAACAAUGCUGCGGGAGCCCUGGUGCAAGCUGCUCCUUGUGUUUAAAAACCUGCCUCCUGCGCAACCUCUGCUCUGCAUAAACUUGUCUGCAUUGGCAUGAUGCACAAAGCCGAAGACGCGCGUUGAAGGAACCGGCAGCGGCCGAGGCGAAGUAGAGAGAGGUUGAAGCGGCGGCGAGGAGGACGGCUCGUUCUUUGGAAUGAACCAUGUGCGGUGAACCCGGAGGGGAGGACAGCGGAGGAAGCGAGUGCUUGGCUGCGGGGACAAAGAGCUGAGGCAGGAGCGGCCACCCCUUUCCCAUCCGCUCGUAAUGGUAGCUUCCUACGGAUCCCGAGAGCGACUGACUGAACACUGCGGGAGGGUUGAAAUCAGAAGACAGGUGAAUGUUCAAUAUCUACUUGACGCCAGUUAACAACAAUAACAAUAACAACAACAACAACAAGCCAUUGAAAGCAAGCCAUCAGUUUGAUAUUUCCAAUGCUGGAUCUGGUUAAAACCUUCAAAUCCAUUUUCAGAGACCUUCAAAGGAGCGUAUGAGCUUCACACAACACAGAAACAGUUUUGACUUUUCAGCUGUCCCUGGUGAUAAACUGUUGGUUAAACCCAUUCCUGGUGGCCAAGGAGAAACGACAUUUCAUUUGGAACAGUAACUGACCUGAAUAUUGGAUUGGAGGCUUCUCCCAGGUUGCAGAUUGGCCAUGGAACUGCAGGUGGCUGAGGCAAACCCCAGGUGAUUGGUGUUCCCUGGAGAGAAAGAAGCUGUGGAGCGAACUUUGCAUACAUGAUGACGCCGCUUUGCAGGCCAGAGUCCAAGAGCAGAAUGUGAAGAGGUUUGUUGGAAUACUGACAACACAAUUUCAACGAGGGAUGCUGAUACCGUGAGCCUCUUCAUGCUUUCCUUGUACAUCAGAUACUAAUACAAUGUGGAGAGAGACAGUGAUGGUUGGCUUGCUCCUUUUGUGGUUCUCUGGCUCAAAGGAGGCUUCUUAUCCCCAUGCUAGCCCUUUUGUUGCUCUCUUGGCAACCCCCAGUUAACUGAAGACUGGGGAGAAGAAUUUGAUUAUUGGAUCCAGUAGUAUCAAAAGUUGCAUCACUCAUCUCAAGGAGAAGAUGAAAUUUCCAUUCUAUUGGCCCGUUGUCAAACUGGCGCAAUAACAUUUCCUUCAAGAGACUUGCAGAUAAAACAGUUCUGGUUAUGGCUACUGAUCCAACGUGAUAGGGGCGCGGCACCAAUUCUUGGACUCAUGACUGGGUAUACCAUGUUGCGGAAUGGGGGAGUAGGGAACGGAGGACAACCCUGGAUGUUACGAUGGUCCAGUCGCAUUCGGCUCACUUGGCUUAGCUUCACGCUGUUCAUCAUCCUGGUUUUCUUCCCCCUCAUCGCCCAUUACUAUUUAACCACCAUAGAUGAUGCAGAUGAUGCUGGCAAACGCAUCUUUGGCCCCCGCACAGGGAACGAACUGUGUGAGGUAAAGCACGUCCAAGAUUUGUGCCGCAUCCGAGAGUCAGUGAGUGAAGAGCUGCUUCAGUUGGAAGCGAAGCGCCAAGAGCUGAACAGUGAGAUUGCUAAGCUGAACCUCAAGAUCGAAGCCUGCAAGAAGAGCAUUGAGAACGCCAAGCAAGAUCUUUUGCAGCUGAAGAAUGUCAUCAGUCAGACAGAGCAUUCUUACAAAGAAUUGAUGGCUCAGAACCAGCCCAAACUUUCUCUACCCAUCCGUCUGCUGCCAGACAAAGAUGAAUCUAACUUCCCUUUGCCAAAAUCCAACAGGAAUUGCCGGCUACACAACUGCUUCGACUAUUCACGUUGCCCACUAACCUCUGGCUUCCCUGUGUAUGUCUACAACAGCGAUCAAUUCGCUUUUGGGAACUCCUUAGACCCUUUAAUUAAGCAGGCCUUUGAAUCCACUGUAAGAACUAAUGUGUAUGUUACUGAAAAUGCAAACAUUGCCUGUUUAUACAUAAUCCUAGUGGGGGAAAUGCAGGAGCCUGUAAUGCCAAAGCCUACUGAGCUAGAGCAACAGUUGCACACUCUACCCUAUUGGCGGACUGAUGGGCAUAACCAUCUCAUUAUUAACUUAUCCAGGAAGUCAGAAACUCAGAACUUUCUGUAUAACAUCAGCACAGGGAGGGCCAUGAUUGCCCAGUCCACAUUUUAUGAUGUACAGUAUCGUCCAGGGUUCGACAUUGUGGUGUCUCCCCUUGUCCAUGCCAUGUCAGAACCCAACUUCCUAGAGAUCCCACCCCAGGUACCUGUUAAGCGGAAAUACUUAUUCAGUUUCCAAGGAGAGAAGGUUGAAUCUCUUCGAUCCAGUCUGCAAGAAGUACGUUCGUUUGAGGAAGAAAUAGAAGGCAAUGCCCCAGCAGAUUAUGAUGAUAGGAUCAUUGCCACCCUGAAGGCUGUCCAAGACAGCAAGUUGGACUUUGUCUUGGUAGAAUUCACAUGUAAGAACCAGCCUAAGCCAAGCCUGCCCACUGAGUGGGCUCUUUGUGGAGAAAGGGAAGACAGACUAGAGCUACUGAAACUAUCUACCUUUGCACUGAUAAUCACCCCAGGCGACACCCACCUUGUAAUCUCUUCUGGGUGUGCAAUGAGACUAUUUGAGGCUCUGGAAGUUGGAGCUAUCCCGGUGAUUCUUGGAGAGCAAGUCCAUUUGCCCUAUCAUGAUGUUAUCCGGUGGAACGAGGCAGCCUUAAUCAUACCAAAGCCACGUAUCACAGAAGUGCAUUUCCUUCUGAGGAGCAUUUCUGAUAAUGACCUCUUGGCCAUGAGGAGGCAGGGCCGCUUCUUGUGGGAGACCUACUUUUCCACAUCAGACAGUGUCUUCAGCACAGUCUUGGCCAUCAUAAGGACUCGAAUCCAAAUUCCAGCUAUCCCCAUUCGAGAGGAAACAGCAGUGGAAAUCCCGCACCGAUCUGGCAAAGCUGCUGGCACAGACCCCAACAUGGCUGACAAUGGGGACUUGGACUUGGGGCCAGUGGAAACAGAGCCGCCCUAUUCAUCUCCCAAAUACCUGCGUAAUUUUACCCUCACAGCAAUGGAUAUUUACAGAAACUGGAACUCAGCUCCUGGUCCUUUCCAUCUCUUUCCCCACACACCCUUUGAUCCUGUCCUGCCAUCAGAAGCUAAGUUUUUGGGGUCUGGGACUGGGUUUCGUCCUAUUGGAGGGGGAGCUGGUGGCUCCGGGAAGGAGUUCCAAGCUGCGUUGGGUGGCAAUGUCCCCAGGGAACAGUUUACAGUAGUCAUGUUGACGUAUGAGCGAGAGGAAGUAUUAAUGAACUCCCUGGAGAGGCUCAAUGGUCUCCCUUACUUAAACAAAGUAGUGGUGGUCUGGAAUUCACCCAAGCUUCCAUCAGAAGAUCUCUUGUGGCCGGACAUUGGUGUUCCAAUUGUGGUUGUUCGCACAGAGAAGAACAGUUUGAACAACCGGUUUCUUCCCUGGGAUGAGAUUGAGACAGAGGCCAUCUUGUCUAUUGAUGAUGACGCCCAUCUUCGCCAUGAUGAGAUUAUGUUUGGAUUCCGGGUCUGGAGAGAAGCCAGGGAUCGCAUUGUUGGGUUCCCUGGGCGCUACCACGCAUGGGACAUCCCUCACCAGUCCUGGCUCUACAACUCCAAUUAUUCCUGUGAACUUUCCAUGGUGCUGACGGGUGCUGCCUUCUUUCACAAAUACUAUGCCUAUCUGUAUUCCUAUGUGAUGCCACAGGCCAUCCGUGACAUGGUGGAUGAAUACAUCAACUGUGAGGAUAUCGCCAUGAACUUCUUGGUCUCUCAUAUCACCAGGAAGCCACCUAUCAAGGUAACUUCCCGCUGGACUUUCCGCUGCCCUGGCUGCCCUCAGGCCCUCUCUCAUGACGAUUCCCACUUCCACGAGCGGCACAAAUGCAUCAACUUCUUUGUCAAAGUCUACGGUUACAUGCCCUUGCUCUACACCCAGUUCCGAGUGGACUCAGUUCUCUUCAAGACCCGACUGCCCCACGACAAGACAAAAUGUUUCAAGUUCAUCUAGAGAAGGAGGCAGUAGUUAUGGACAUCUGCAGGACAGGGGGAGCAUGGAGGAAUGCUUGGAGAAACCUCUGCCCCAGGACAGCGUCCUCCUUUCAGUCCAAAUAGAGACACAAUCAUGGAUUCUGCCCCUGUGCCAUCCCCACAAGGAACUGUAUGGCAUGGGGUGCUAUUUCAGAACUCUUAGGUUUUGAAUCAUUUGCUGAGAAGGACAAAGAAAAUGAAAAUUAUGACUCUGGUUAGUCCCCCAGCUAGUGGGUUAGCCAAGGGCAGAACUGGGGUUUUUAAAAUAAUAAUUAUUAUUAUUUAAAAUGGAAGUGUUUUAGAUAUGCCUGGUAAGGCUUUCUAUUUUUGGGGGUGGGGUGGGGAGGGAGGGGUUGUUUCAGUUUUGUUUUGUUCCAUAUCCAGCCUUUCAGUCACUUGAGGAGAAGAAGCAGAAUCCCAGGAGAGGCCUGCACUUCGAGAUGACCCCAAGAUGAGCUCCUGGAGAAAACAGAUCUAGCCUCCGGAGGCCCUUCACCACUUGUUUCCUUGGUGUGCUAUGCUUAAAACCUGCUUGGGAUUUCACGGAGGAAAGGAUAGAUCCCUUCCACUCCCUCUCUCAUCUCCCAUAGCUACUAAGGGGCUGAUGUCCACCGGCAAGCUUCCACCGGCUUUUCCUUUCUACUACCAGUGGCAUGAAUCAGAGGUUCCCUUGGAAGUCUACCUGUCCCAUGUGCCUGCUGAUGCUCUGACUCACCAUUUCUUCUUGGUUUCCCAUGUUGUCUACAGACCCAGUUCCUCCCUAACCACCAAUAAGACCCCCUCCCAAGCUCUUUCCUUUGCCUUCUUCACCCACCCUCCCCUGCUUCUUUCCAUGCCACAAGUGCUUUGGUUUAGCUUCACCACUCUGGAAGCCUUGGCUCAAAGGUCUGGAUGCCAGCAUUACAAGAGGGAUACAGAGACCUCUGAUGUUGUGAUGCCCCUGGGGGACUGAGCUGUGUUCAGUAGCAAUUUCAUUGCAAAUGGGGUGAGAGGGUGGGUGUCUCAAUUUCAAUCCUGCUGUGACCUCACAUGUAUGUACACAGAGGGAUACACAGAUCCAUGGGAUCAGGUGUGUGUGCUGUGUCCAAGGUGAUCCUUGCUAAUAAAACGUCCACCAUCUUUAGUAA